CAACUUUCAAUUUGUGGUAAUUGAGUAGCUCUAUUUAUAGGCUACUGGAAGAGCUGUGGGAGCAAGGUUUAUACAGCUCUCUGGUUGUAGGCUACCACUUUUAUGAAAAUGAGGCUUAAAUCAAACAGGGGAGUGUUUUCAUUUUUGUGUCUUGUGCUCCUUUGUAUUGGCCAAAUAUGUGGUACAAGCCUUGACCCAGUGCAAAGAGAUGAGCUGCAUCAUGAGAAAAGGUCCAAGAAUAUUCAGACUGGGACCAUUGCUUUCGGCACCGGGGAUAUUUCACUGGGUCGAAAUCCGGAACAUGAGAGCCGAUAUGUUGGAGAAAGCACUACAGACGAUGGCUCCGAGAACAUUCAAGCUGACGAUCCACAUCCAGGCCUGUUGGGUGGACAAAGCAAGAUUGCUGACUUCAGGGUCUGGAGUCGUAUGCGACCAAAUUUAGUAUGUACUGAUGAUUUCAUGAAGUUCUCGGCACAAGGCCCUGGGUGUUCUUCACUCCAGUUAUACAGAGGUGGCUUGCCUCUCUCACUAAGCCAGCUACCACAAGACUGUGGCUCCUCUGUGCAAAGGACUGCGGUGGGCCUCAUGUUUCUUGCCCCUUUUGGUGGCUGUGAUGUUAUAAAACAGGGAAAUAACCACUUGCUGCAGAUGUUGUGGCAUGGCAAUCCGGUAACCCUCUCCUGCCCUGUAUCAAGCUCAGAGCAAGUCUCUCCAGUUGUAUCUACUACUCUAGCUCCAGCUACACAAGCCCCUACUACAGCCGCCAAGCUUCCUCCUCAGAAUCAACAGCAGCAACAGUGGAUGCAGCCGUUCUUUGGAGGCUACUACCCAGUAAUGCCAGUGACUCCCCCUGAAACUACUGUUGCACCAACUACAGAAGCACCAACUACAGAAGCACCUUCCACAGCUGCCAAGCUUCCUCCACAGAAUCAACAGCAGCAACCGUGGAUGCAGCCCUUCUUUGGAGGCUACUACCCAGUAAUGCCAGUGACUCCCCCUGAAACUACUGUUGCACCAACUACAGAAGCACCAACUACAGAAGCACCUUCCACAGCUGCCAAGCUUCCUCCACAGAAUCAACAGCAGCAACCGUGGAUGCAGCCCUUCUUUGGAGGCUACAACCCUGUAAUGCCUGUGACUCCCCCUGAAACUACUGUUGCACCAACUACAGAAGCACCUUCCACAGCUGCCAAGCUUCCUCCACAGAAUCAACAGCAGCAACCGUGGAUGCAGCCCUUCUUUGGAGGCUACUACCCAGUAAUGCCAGUGACUCCCCCUGAAACUACUGUUGCACCAACUACAGAAGCACCAACUACAGAAGCACCUUCCACAGCUGCCAAGCUUCCUCCACAGAAUCAACAGCAGCAACCGUGGAUGCAGCCCUUCUUUGGAGGCUAUAAACCAGUAAUGCCAGUGAGUCCCCCUGAAACUACUGUUGCACCAACUACAGAAGCACCUUCCACAGCUGCCAAGCUUCCUCCACAGAAUCAACAGCAGCAACCGUGGAUGCAGCCCUUCUUUGGAGGCUACAACCCUGUAAUGCCUGUGACUCCCCCUGAAACUACUGUUGCACCAACUACAGAAGCACCUUCCACAGCUGCCAAGCUUCCUCCACAGAAUCAACAGCAGCAACCGUGGAUGCAGCCCUUCUUUGGAGGCUACUACCCAGUAAUGCCAGUGACUCCCCCUGAAACUACUGUUGCACCAACUACAGAAGCACCAACUACAGAAGCACCUUCCACAGCUGCCAAGCUUCCUCCACAGAAUCAACAGCAGCAACCGUGGAUGCAGCCCUUCUUUGGAGGCUACUACCCAGUAAUGCCAGUGACUCCCCCUGAAACUACUGUUGCACCAACUACAGAAGCACCAACUACAGAAGCACCUUCCACAGCUGCCAAGCUUCCUCCACAGAAUCAACAGCAGCAACCGUGGAUGCAGCCCUUCUUUGGAGGCUAUAAACCAGUAAUGCCAGUGAGUCCCCCUGAAACUACUGUUGCACCAACUACAGAAGCACCUUCCACAGCUGCCAAGCUUCCUCCACAGAAUCAACAGCAGCAACCGUGGAUGCAGCCCUUCUUUGGAGGCUACAACCCUGUAAUGCCUGUGACUCCCCCUGAAACUACUGUUGCACCAACUACAGAAGCACCUUCCACAGCUGCCAAGCUUCCUCCACAGAAUCAACAGCAGCAACCGUGGAUGCAGCCCUUCUUUGGAGGCUACUACCCAGUAAUGCCAGUGACUCCCCCUGAAACUACUGUUGCACCAACUACAGAAGCACCAACUACAGAAGCACCUUCCACAGCUGCCAAGCUUCCUCCACAGAAUCAACAGCAGCAACCGUGGAUGCAGCCCUUCUUUGGAGGCUACUACCCAGUAAUGCCAGUGACUCCCCCUGAAACUACUGUUGCACCAACUACAGAAGCACCAACUACAGAAGCACCUUCCACAGCUGCCAAGCUUCCUCCACAGAAUCAACAGCAGCAACCGUGGAUGCAGCCCUUCUUUGGAGGCUAUAAACCAGUAAUGCCAGUGAGUCCCCCUGAAACUACUGUUGCACCAACUACAGAAGCACCUUCCACAGCUGCCAAGCUUCCUCCACAGAAUCAACAGCAGCAACCGUGGAUGCAGCCCUUCUUUGGAGGCUACAACCCUGUAAUGCCUGUGACUCCCCCUGAAACUACUGUUGCACCAACUACAGAAGCACCUUCCACAGCUGCCAAGCUUCCUCCACAGAAUCAACAGCAGCAACCGUGGAUGCAGCCCUUCUUUGGAGGCUACUACCCAGUAAUGCCAGUGACUCCCCCUGAAACUACUGUUGCACCAACUACAGAAGCACCAACUACAGAAGCACCUUCCACAGCUGCCAAGCUUCCUCCACUGAAUCAACAGCAGCAACUGUGGCUGCAUCACUACUUUGGAGGCACCCCAGUAAUGCCUGGCUCUCCUUGAAACUACUCUUGCACAAACUACAGAUAUACAGAACUUUUAUUUUCCAUCUUGUAAGUCUGUUAUUUAAUGCCUAUAUUAAAAUAUCUACUUGGGAUUUAA